CAAGUCAUACUGUUUGACCUAAUCAUUAUUGGGAGAAUCGUAGUCAGAGUGAGGCAAAAUGCUGCCGUUACAUUUAUAAAGUAAAUUUCAAUGCUGAUAAAGUUAAGUAGUUAAAUGCUACUUCACAUUAGGCAAAUAUACUUUUGCUAUUAUAUAAAACCUGUUUUUUUUUUUUUUUUUUUUUUAUGUUUAUGUGUUAAGCAAUGUAUGUAUCUCUUAAAAAACAGUUGUACACAUGAGCAUGCACAGGGAAAUGCCGGAUAUGAAACAGGGAAAUGCUGUUAAUUUGUAAUUUUACACAAAGUGAUUUGUGUACAGCAACCAAUGGACAACCUGACAUUCACAAACAGCAUUCUCCUCAUGGAGGGACUGAAAGUUACAUCUCAGUCAUCUCAACCUGUUUUCAUCCUCCUUCUCUUGACUUAUGUCUUUACAAUGGUAUCAAACAUUGGACUUAUAUUUUUGAUAUCAACAGAGAAGAAUCUGCAUGACCCAAUGCAUUUUCUAUUCUGCAACUUGCCACUGAAUGACAUACUAGGAACCACUGUCAUUAUGCCACGCUUGCUGCAGGAUAUUUUAAGGGACACCUCAGAGCGCUAUAUAUCAUAUGCAGAGUGUGUUAUUCAAGCUUAUUUUGUGCAUAUAUUUACAGCAGCAUGUCACUAUGUGCUGAUGAUCAUGGCCUUUGACAGAUAUGUGGCUAUAUAUAAUCCAUUGCGAUACACAUCUAUAAUGACCAAUAAAAUGGUUAUUAAAUUAUCAGCAUUUGCUUGGGGCCUGGCGAUUAUUUUAGUGACAAUUAUGAUAGGACUCACUCUGCGUCUGUCUCACUGUAGGUAUAAAAUUGAAAACCCUUUCUGUGACAAUGCCUCACUUUUUAAACUGUCCUGUGAAAAUGUAGUCAUAAAUAAUGUGUAUGGGCUUGUUUAUACUAUUGUUGUACUCAGUCUGUCAGCGAUGUGUAUUUUCAUAACAUAUGUCAAGAUUGCUACUGUAUGCAUAACCAGCAAAAACAAAGUACUCAACAGCAAAGCCAUAAAAACCUGCAGCACUCAUUUAGCUGUUUAUUUAAUCAUGUAUGUUUCUGGAUCUACUUUUAUUUUCCUUCAUCGUUUUCCUGAAUACUCUGACAGCAGGAAACUAGCUAGUAUAAUGUGUCACGUUGUACCACCGGGAUUAAAUCCCUUAGUAUAUGGUUUACAAACCAAAGAGAUAAGACAAAAGAUUGUAAAACACUGGUGUAGAAAAAAGUGAAUUCCUCAGUGGAUUAUGUAUCUUCAUAACAUAACAUAACAUAACAUAACAUAACAUAACAUAACAUAACAUAACAUAACAUAAAAGUCAAUAUUGUUUUAAUGGAUUUUGAGUGUGUGAAAAUAAUAUUUAAUAAUAUUUAGCUAAGAAUAACUGUAGUACUGUAACACUGCAAACACUGUAACUGUUCUGUACUCAAAUCCUCUUCAGUAUUUAUCAGUUGUUUGUAUGAGAAUUGUUGACUCAAAAUUUGAACUAAUUUAAAUUAAGUUGUAAGCACAUAUUACCUGGAAAAUAAAAAGGAAAAAAAAAAUUACAAGAAA